CACUCACUCAUUCACUCACUCACUCAUUGAGAUUCAAAGCGGACACGCGCAAACCGCGGACGCGCGCAAAACCAGACACGCGCGAAGCGGACACGCGGAGCUGCUCCUAAAGCCGCUCAUCCUCUCUUUAUAGACUCACGCUGAGUUGUUAAAGAGUCUCUCCGUGGUGUGUGUGUGUGUGUGUGUGUGUGUGUUUUUUUCCCCCCCGACAGUCUGGAGGAGUCACAGGACAGCUCUAAUCCGUUUCAUAAAAGUUUCAUAAACUUUCAGACAGAAGGAAAUCAAGUUCAUAAUCAGAUAAAAUUAGGAAAAUGAUGCGCCAGGAAGUCCAUCAGGCUCACCUCGUCCUGCUGUUGGCCGCCACUGUGGGCUGUGUUCAGGUGCAGGACCACGCGCUGAUGUUGUCCAAUGAGAGGAGCACGAUAGAAAGAACGUACGAGCUGACUAAAUACCUGAACCACCAGCUGAAGGAAAUUAAAGACACUUACCUCUCGUAUCUCGGUCCUCCAUUCAGUGAUCCAGGCUUCUCCCCACCGAGACCCAACAUCUCCUCCCUGGCGGUUCCCAGUGCAGCCACACGGGAGGACCUGUGGCGUGGUCUUGAGAACGGCGCCCGUCUGGCACAAAACCAGCGAGCCUACAGUGUACUGCUGUGUGCUGUGCGUGAGCUGGCACGCUCCACACUGUGCCCAUACCUCCAAAGCUCGCUCCUUCACUUCUGCUCCGGCCUCAGUGGACUCCUGGGCUCCAUUUCAGGGCUGAUGAAUGCCCUGGGCUACACCCCGCCCCUGCACGGCAAUGCUCCGCCUGGUCAGAAAUACACACCACUGUUGUCUUCGCCGUAUCAGCGGUCGAACGUGAACAGCCCUGCCCCUUUGAGGAACCACGCAUCUCGGGUUCAGGGCGGCCCGGGAGGAACGAGGGACGGAACAGCUGGAUAUGAAACCGAGAGGAAGAGGGAUAGAGAAAGGGAGAGGACUGAGCGAGGGAGGAGAGGGAGGCGGAGAGAUGGGGAGAGUUGGGCGGAGAGGGAGGAGGAGGAGCGGGAGGAAGGUCUGGAGAGGUGGAGGAGGAGGAGAAGACUGCUGACUGUCGAAGAUGAGGACGGCGGUAAACAAACAAGCGACAGCUACAAUCCGAACAGCAACAACAAUAACAACAUGAACAACACUCACACAAGUUCCAAGCACUAUUUCAGCAAAUAUGGCAAAGGCAAACAGUUUAACGUCAACAGCACAGGCAGCGAUGCCCGGUUUCCCACGGAAACGGAGAGAGAGCGAAGCAUAAGCGGAGGCGAAGAGGCAGACGAGUUCCGAGCGGAUGUCCCCGUCCUCUUUUCCUCUCCAUCCCUCCAUUCCGGACACUCUGGACACCCCGUAACCUCUCCCCACCCACCGCUCUCUCCCCUCUCCCUCCUUUACGCGUACGAAGAUGGGGUCACUGAGAUCGACUCGCACUUGAGCAUGGCCGCUCCCUCGCCGCGCCCUGCCCUCAACGAUUUCACACGGAAAGUAGAGGGAUUCUGGGUACUCAGAGAGCUGCAGAGUUGGCUGUUUAGAUCAGCCAAGGAUUUCACCAGACUGAAGAAGCGACUCCGUGUCUGAGUGUCUGACUCCGUGUGUGUGGGUGUGAGUGAGUAAGUGAGUUAGUGAAAGUUCUCAGAGAAAGGAACUCAAAAGGACUCACACUUUGCACUUGCAUGGAAAAAGUGACCAAAUAAAAGAAGACACAAGGAGAGACAGACCAGCUUUUCAGAGCGAGAUGCGAGUCAGCAGCUUAAGGAACGUGAAUCACAUUUCCGUCUUUUUCAGACGGAUGAAAAGAAGACAUGGAGCGGAAGUAAAGGGCAGAAAAGUGUCUGCUGUCUCAUAAACUGACUCAGCACAUGGUGACUCGUGAUUACUGGGUGCUUUUAUGCUCAUACACACUGUCACACUUCUCAUAAUGGGCCGUGUCAGGCAUCUUUGUAACCACUAUAGUAUGUGAUCUUCCACUUACCGCCAUACUGGGCCUUUUUCCACUGCAAGCUUCUGAACCUUUGACAUCAGAAAGUAGUAAAUGUCUUUUUUUUUCGCUGACCGCCGCUCACAAUUGGUACCAUGAAUAGGGUCGGGUGAGCAGAUCGUUAUUGCUAACCUUAUUGUAUACACAGAAUAACACAAUACAGAUUAAAGAAAAGAGAAUAGUCUCAUUCAAGCCAUAAAACUUUCUUUGAAGGCCAUAUAUAAGAAAGAUAUCGAUAUAUAUUUAACAGUUAUUCCACAAAAUCGAGUCGUACAUGAGCUGAUAGAGCUAUAAGCCAUGUACAAGAUUGAGUGGAAUAACUGUUUUAUUCUAUCCGCAUUCACUGGAUUUUGAGAAACAGAGCAUUUUUAUUUUUUAUUUUUUGCAAAAUCGAUAAAUAAAAUCUUUAUACAAAACGUCCGACAAAAUCAUUUCCGCUUAGAACGUAAACAAACCGGCGAAAUGACAGGAGCAAUUUGUGAAAAAUGCUUUAAUAAUAAUUCUUGAAAAAUAAAAAGACACGUUCUUACCGUCAAAUACUUUUAUUCCUUUUUUUUGUUGCUAUUUUUGUAUUUUUUGCAUUUUUGUCUUCAAGUAGAGUUUUUAUUUCGUCCUCGGUUGUUUCAGCAACACGCUCCGCCAUUUUGUUUUUCUCUACUCACGGUAUAUGAGCUGAUAUCCUAGUAGUAGAGUAGGCAAUCAGAGAGCACGAUUGCACAUAUCCAGUGAAUAUGCACAGAAUAAAAAUAUAUAUCACGACCUGUGAAUAUAUUCAUAACAUUUUAUAAUGCAUUAAUAAAUCAUUAUACUCUUUGACAUAAAAUCAAUUAUUUAUGAAAAGCCAUUAGAGUUGUAUAGCCAUAGUAAUAAUGCAUUUAUUAAUAGUUAUUAGAAUGCAAAGAAGUUCAACCCUGGUUUUCUUAGUGCAUUAUGCUUUUUUUUUCCACAAGUAGCUUUUACACUCAUAACUUUAUUUUUAAUCAACAGCAUCUCCAAUGUUUCAUUUAACAAUAUAUAGAGAUAUAAAGCACUAAAUUUUAAAAAAAAAUUGAAUUUCUAAAAAUUUUAUUAAAGAAAAUGUGAACCUGGCUUUAUUUGGUAUAAGUAUUAAAGUAUUAUACUGUAGCAAUGCCUUAUGAAUGCAUUAUAACAUGAUAUGAAUGUGCUCAAAGUUCAUAAAUAUGCAGUAAAAAUAUGAUUUUCAUCAAAACAUACCACUAAACUAUGCCAUUGCUUGUUCAUGGUGUUUACAGAAUGUUACCUGAACAUGACAUGCUUUUUUUUUUUUUUUAAGAGCGAUCACUUUUCUCCCAUCUUAAAACGUCUCCACUGGUUACCUGUCAGAGUGAAAAUUGAUUUCAUGAUCCUUCUCUUAACAUAUAAAUGUCUCAACGAUCAAGCACCAUUAAUCAAGAAUACAUUGAAGAACUGUUGACAAGUUACAAGCCUAAAACGUAACUUAAGAUCACCUCACCAAAGUUUGCUCACAGUACCACCAUCAAACUCAAAGAGCUACGGAGUCAGAGCAUUUAUGGUUUGUGCCCCGAGACUUUGGAAUUCGAUUCCAAUUAACAUCCGCACUGCGGAGAGUUUAAACAACUUUAAAUCUCUUCUCAGAGCAUUUCUGUUUGUAAAAUACUGUUGAUUUGAGUUGUUUUUAUUUGCUAAGCUUGUAAGAGUGCUGAGAUUUAGUGUGGUGCUCCACACUAGAACAAGACUCCAUCCGCACCAUUUGACGGUGGCUGUUGCUGCCUUUAUGUGAAAGCGUCUCUGCUACUGUGUUGGACGAACGUUACUGCUCGACCGCCCCAUUUUAGUUAACAGGCUACAGAUAAAAAGCUUGUUCAUCGUUCGCAAGCCCCGCCCACUAUCAACAGGGCAAAUAACAUGAGAGAGGGUUAACACUAGCUAGUUCAUCGCUCAGCAAGCAAACCCCGCUAUCAACAGAGCAAUGAACAUAGCGUCUCACUUCCUUCUCUGGGUGGAGUCUUGCCAAAUGACGACUGAAGUUCGAGGUUGUCCCCGUCGUCUCCUCGAUAGUUCUUGUACAUAUGGAACACAUACAGUAGCAGUGCAUUUUUUCACACUGCACAAGAAGUCUGUAUAAGCAAAGCGGACAAUCCUAGGGACGUUCUGUCCAGGCAUUUUAGCACCAUUAAGGUUAGUUUGUUCCUGAACAUGACGUAUGAACAGGUGAAUGUGCAUUCUCUUGCACCAAAUUAGUACAAAAAUUAAUGUACAUAUAAAUAUUUUCAUGCCAAAUUAUUAUGGCAUGUUACGAAAAAUAAAGACAAAAUCCGAGUCCUCGUCUCCGAUUUAUGAGUCCGAAUGCAGUUAGUGCACGAGUCCGAAUCCAAGUCCGAGUCAUCAGUGCUCAAGUCAAAGUUGAGUAAUGAGUCCUUAAAAUUAGGGCACGAGUCGAUAUAUAUAUAUAUAUAUAUAUAUAUAUAUAUAAAAUCUCAUUAUCUCUAGCUGCUUUAUCCUGUUCUACAGGGUCGCAGGCAAGCUGGAGCCUAUCCCAGCUGACUACGGGCGAAAGGCGGGGUACACCCUGGACAAGUCGCCAGGUCAUCACAGGGCUGACACAUAGACACAGACAACCAUUCACACUCACGGUCAAUUUAGAGUCACCAGUUAACCUAACCUGCAUGUCUUUGGACUGUGGGGGAAACCGGAGCACCCGGAGGAAACCCACGCGGACACGGGGAGAACAUGCAAACUCCGCACAGAAAGGCCCUCGCCGGCCACGGGGCUCGAACCCGGACCUUCUUGCUGUGAGGUGACAGCGCUAACCACUACACCACCGUGCCGCCCAUAUAUAUAUAUAUAAAAUCAUUAAUUUUAUACUCAGUGAAAUGCACCUUCCUCAAAUUUACAUCUUUCCCCCCCAUACAUAUAAUCACAUAUUACUCACAUAAACUUUUGAUCCUCUAUGAAACACGUGUGAUUUUUUUCCCCCCCGUCAAAAAGGAAACCUUUAUUGCAUACUUUUCAUCUGGAAUGCAAAUCUUUGUGUGCCUUUAAUACUUAUUUAAGCCUCAUAAUAGAACCUUAAACAUGGCAGGUGUAAACGAAUUUUGUUUAAAAGAUACCGCAAAUUCACUUUCCCAGAUGGAGGAUACAUAAUAAAGGUAGAGAAGACAAGCCGUGACAAGCAACGGUAUAGUUUAAUAGCAUUUUAUUCUGUGAGGGUUAUUGCUGGUGGGAGCCUCAAUAGCAUCAUUGUGCUGUUUUAUUUCAUGACCUUUUAUUUCUCAAAAACAAAAAAAAAAGAAAACGUGUCAGCACAGUGCAUUUACAGUUUAAACGGAGCACAAAUAAAACAGAAACGCUUUCAUUUCCAAAGCCUAUCAGAUGCCAACUUUAAUUUUGCUGGUUAAAUAAAUGUUUGAUCAGAUCAAGGGAAAAUAAUCCAAUCAUGUUCAGCCAAACUUUUCUUCCAUGUUGGACUUCAUAGCAGUGUUUUUACACUUUCUUUUUUUCUUUUUCUUUUUUUACUGUCAUGACUGUGAUGUCAAUUUCUGUAAAAAAAAAAAAAAGAGCUAGAACUUUGGGUUCUCUUGGAUCAUGUUUGGGAAGUUCUUGUUUUUAGGAUGUGCAGUGGAAAAAGGUCCAGUGUGUGUGUGUGUGUGUGUGUGUGUGUGUCGCACUGAGGUGGCGCUCAAAGGAAGCACAUCCACAAAUGGACCAGGAAUCCUUUCUCACAUGUAAAGCGACAUUGCUUUAUAUUUGUAUAUUUUGAAAAAAAAAUUUGCUAAAAAAAUAUUCUGUAAUAUUUAUUAAAGGGUUUAUUUAUUAUACUUUGGUACUAUUUGAUGAAAUGAAAUGAAAUGAAAUGGAGUGGCUUGAUUAAAUCCUGGUUUGAAGUGCUUUUCCUCUGGCUGCCCUGUUUGUGUGAACGAGGUCUCAUGGCUUGAGGGGAAAGCAGGCUGACUCGAAGGAUACAGAGUUUUAUUAGUCUGUCGAAAUGAAAUUUAUGGCCAGUCUUUCAUCUAACACCACAGUCUCUCAUCUAUGUCUCAUCUCUUCCUCUCGAUCUGUCUCUCUCACGCCUCUCCUUUUUCCUCCUCACACUCACCUACUAUUUUGCUCUCACACUUGCACACACAAUAAACACAAGGUACGCAUGAACGGUUAAGGUGACGAAUGCGAUAUACAGUCAUGUGCUGUAAACACUGUGGCCACACACACACACACGUACAUGCAAACACACAUAGACAUGCACUCACACACACAUACGCAUGAAUGAAGCGGCGCGCCCUCCAGUCUGUGUUUGGGGAAAAAGUAAAGAAUCGGUGGGAAUCUUUCUCUUCCCUUCAAGCUACACACCUGCAUGUGGCCAGUUGUGAAAAAACCACACCCAACACACACUACACUCACACGCAUACACAAGCACGCACACACGAACAUACACACACGCGCACCCUCGACCUUCGUUUUAUGAAAUUAUUUCUAAAGACAGGAUAUGGUUGUUGAGGUUCAUACACUGUGUGUGUGUGUGUGUGUGUGUGUGUGUGUGUGUGUGUGUGUGUGUGUUUGACCCUCACCUUAACCUUUGUGUUUUAUCUGAUUAGGUUUUUAGCUUUUGUAAUGAGAUUUUGGUCUCUCACACCCACUCAGUACUUUAUAAACAGUACUUUAUUAGAA